AUGGCAAACCUUACUAUAUCAUCACCACUUCGAGGGCUGUGCCCCGCUCCAUUCUUCGAUGCCACUAAAUUCUCAAACGGAGGAUUUGUUGCAGGAAGAUUCUGCGCUCCUGUUCCUCAGAUAAAAGCAGACCUUGUGUGCUGUUUACCCUGUCCAGUGACAGAUCUCCUCUAUCCUCCAGAAUUCAAAACAUGGUAUAGAGUUGCAGAGGGAUUGAACGUUGGUGGGCUUGUCGCUCUAGCUUUUCUCCUGCUCUCUUUCCUGUGUCUGCCUCCAGAGAAAACCAGGCGCCACUACCUGAGUUAUUGCUUGAUUAUUGGCGCCAUUCUUCUUGCCCUAGGCUUCGUAGUACCCUUUGGGGCAGAGCCUCCCCAGUGCUACGAUGAGAUCACACCAAAUGACAUGUUCUCUAACUUGACCUGUGCUUUUUCCGGCGCCUUUCUCAUCUCUGGUGGCCUGGCCAUAGACGUGUGGAUCUUCAUUCGUGCGCUAUCGAUGCAUCUCCAGAUUUGCUGGGAUGUGAUGCCAGGAAAGAAAUUCUUCUAUUGGGCGCAAGGCCUUGGUUGGGGGGUUAUUGCAACUUUUUUUACCAUCACCAUCACCAUUACGGGCGUAUCCUUCAGGUUUGGGGAUGUGUGCCACGUGAACUCGGCCAACUCUAUGAAAGAUUUUUGGGGGCCGCUGCUUGCGAUUGCUGGUGCAGCAAUGGUCGUACAACUCGCAACCUUCACCUACUGCAUCAAGGUCUACAUCAAGAACAUGUGGAGUGACGAGAAGACUGAGACCCAGAGCAGUGCUGGUCUUCCCUCGUAUACAACCAGUGUCCGAACUCGCUCCGCACGGGUAGUCUACAGACGCGUACGCAAGGUUGUCUGGCUUCAAUGGCGAGGUAUCCUCAUUGUUGUUUUUAUUCUCGUAGACGUCAUCUUUUUCUCCGUCGUAUUUGUCUACCUUAAUUCGGUCGAAACACAUGUCGUCAACGACGUAGACAAGGCAAUGCCCUACUUGCUUUGUCUAAUUUCGAAUGCGGCAAAGAUCGAAAAAUGCUUCGCGCUCGGUCAGGAACUAUUCGUCAAUCAGUCAACUGUCAUUGCCAUAUUAAUGAUGCUUUCUGUUGCGGGUUUGCAAUGUUUCAUCCUUUUAGCACGAGCAUCCAUGUUUCCCGCCUGGUGGGAAUUCAUACGGUCAAAAUUCAGCUCAAAGCGGGAAUUCGUCUCUUUAGAUGCUAAGGCGUAUACCACUGAUGCCCGCAACUUCGAGUUGAUGAAAGUCGCAACCAGCCCCACGAAAGCCCCCGAGAGCGCAGUCACUAGCCCUAGUAGCCCCGGCGCGGACUUUGAUCCUUACCGACGGUCAUUAACAGAUACUCCUGAUUACUUUGGAAAGGAGGUUCAACGAGAGUACCGGAGUCCAACCUUGUCCUUCUCGACACCGCGGGCACCAUCGCAGGCAGCAAUGCGUGUUGAGUGGGAUCCAAGAGCAACCCAUGCAAGGGGAGGAUUGGGUUUUCACCCUCCAGCCACUGAAGAUGAGGAUGGGAUGAAAAACAGAAUAUGA